AUGUGUUACUACGGCAGCUACUAUGGAGGCCUGGGCUAUGGCUAUGGUGGCCUAGGCUAUGGCUGUGGCUAUGGCUGUGGCUGUGGCUAUGGUUGUGGCUAUGGUUGUGGCUAUGGCUGUGGCUAUGGCUGUGGCUAUGGCUAUGGUGGCUAUGGUAGCUAUGGCUAUGGCUGCUGCCAGCCACUGUGCUGUAGAAGAUACUGGACUUAUGGAUUUUACUGA